UUGAGAAGAAGAAAAUAAAAGAGUGAGGGAGGGAGGAGUUUGUGUUGCAAACAUACAUGUAUGCACAGAUCAGACAAGAGUGGGGAGAAGUGGAGGACACAAAAAAGGAUAAGAUUGCAGAAACGCAUACAGGAACAAAGCAAGACAUGGAGUUGCGUGAGAUAUUAGAAGAAAAACGACGUCUAGACUGCCGUGGUAAUCUGGGACAUGAGCCGUGCUAAACAGGUCACUGCAAACUUACACAGACAUAUGGACAAAAUGGGGGCCAGUCGUCCAUUGCCCAGUGCGCCCAAAGAUUCGUUAAGUGCUGCAAUUGAGGCCAUAAGUGUGAGUACAGAACUUGUUGAGGACGAGCUGAAGCCAUAUUUGGAUGCAGUGUUGAAUGUUGCUAUAGAAAGAAAAAAUGGUAUUUCUGAGCAAGUGGUGGAAAGUGGGAUUCUGCCAGUUCUGGCCCAGAUUUUAAGAAGAAAGAGCACACUCACCACUCACACAGCAAGACUGGUUGCUGAACUGGCCAGAGAUGCUCCUGUGAGAGAUCAGUGCUUUGACACUGGCAUUGUGUCUGCCCUUGUGACUUUACUGCUAAGCCAAGACCAGGACCUCCUCCUUCAUGUUAGCCAGGCCAUCGCCAGGAUCUGCUAUGACAGCAACUUGCAGCAGGAGCGCUUCCUGAGGCUCGGAGCUGUCCCACGACUGGUGUCGGUUCUUCUUCAACACAGUAACAAUGAAGCACUGCGGAGCUCUUGCCUUCUGGCCUUAUGCAACCUGGCCGACAUGGGUGAAGAGGAUGGCUCUAUGUUCUCCUGGGAGGAAGGGGCUCAUUUCGGAGAGGGUGAGCAUGUGUUUCGCGGCACCUCGCGGUAUUCUAUCGGCUUCUCUUCAGCCGUGACUGUGGUCAGGCUGAAACAGUGGACCAACGGCCAAUACUCUGUGGCAGUGGAAGUGCUUCAAAGGUGCUCCACAAUGCUGUGGGGCGCAAACAAUGGCCACCAGAAUGGACACCGCUUAUCAAACUUUUCCAAUCUAAGCAGUUGCCCAAAAUUGUAUAAAGUUAUCAAAUGCUCGGUGAAGAACAUCCCGAGAAACAGGAAUCUGAGGGCAGCAGUGCUUCAUACCCUCCUGUGAAGCUUAAUUGUCUUGGACUAAUGCUAUUAAUGAAUGUUUGAGGUGGCCUAAACGGGUGAUCUGGUGUAAACCAUGUCCCGACAUUUAAGGAGCUCAUUUCAGCCAUUUAUGUAACAAAAUGGAUCUGAAAGACAUACAGUAUAACUGCUAUUGCUGAGGAUACAGAUCGAAAGCCAGGUCACAAGUUUUGUUCAGGCAGUUUAAGACUUAGAGUUCUGUGCUGGCUGUGCACAGAACAUGAGAACAGGUGGACGCCGAGCUGCAAUCUGCUAGCCUUUCUGAACUCUCUGAUUAGUCCAUAAGAGGCCUUACAGUAGUGGAUUAUCCAGACCCAACGUUCAGGGUCAGAGCAGCUACACUCACCCAGGUCACAAUAUGCAACUGUGUUGCAAAAUGCACCAAGGGAAAUGGAUUUACAGAUGUCAGUUUUGACUUGCUGUAUGUUUACAGUGUUCAGGUUUAGGUGAAGGCAGAUUAGUAAAUGAAUCAGUGGUACUAACCAGUAUAACUGGGUUUCAAAUUGAAUUCAUGAGCACAGCAAAUAUUAAAGUCUAUUAAUAACCAUGUAGAAAACCUCUGCUCAAGUGGCCUAUACCCAUAUUUUACGCAAGUAGGCCCAGUGAUUUCACACUAUACAGGAUUCCUACAGACAUUGAAAAAAGUGGACUUGAAGUGACUAGAUUUACCUGUUUAAAUGUUUGGGGUUGUUCAUAUAAAAAUAAUAAUAAUAAUAAUAAUUUAAGUCUUAAUAUACAGUUGAAGUCAAAAGUAUUAGCCCUCCUGUGAAUUUCUUUUUCAACUAUUUCCCAAAUGAUGUUUAACAGAGCAAGGAAUGUUUCACAGUAUUUCCUAUAAUAUUUUUCCUUCUGGAGAAAGUUUUAUUUCAGCUAGAGUAAAAGCAGUUUACUCUUUUACUAUAUUUUAAUUAUAUUUUAACUAUAUUUUACUAUAUUUUAAAACCUAUUUUAAGGUCAUUAUUAUUAGCUCCCUUAAGUGAUUUUUUAAAAUUGUUUACAGAACAAAUCACUGUUACACAAGGACUUGCCUAAUUACCCUAACUUGCCUAAUUAAGUCUUUAAAUGUCACUUAAUCAGAAAACUAGUAUCUUAAAAAAUCUAGUAAAAUAUUAUGUACUGUCACAGUGCUUCCCAUAGAUUUGAAAUAUACUUGUGGUGGUGGCAGAUUGAAACACACCUUUAACCCACAUAACAUAAAUAGUUAAUUAUAUGUGACAAACAAAACUAUUAAAUUUUUAAUAAUAAUUUUAUUUAUUAUGACUAUGUUAUAUACUGUUUAUUUUCAAUAGGUUAAAUUAAAAAAGACUUGAAAAAAAAGACAUCCACUAUUUUUCUUACUCAUAUGCUAUACAGAAGCUAUGUGCACUCACUGACAGGGAAAAUCUGCUUCUCUCUCUUUCAAGUUCAAAGCAAACUUGAAUGCCAAAGCAUUUUAGAUAUGUAUAUAAAAUAGCCUAUGUUUUAUAGCCUAAUGUCAUCAUUAAAUUAAUAAAAUAUACAGAAAAUUUGAAAUAAAUGACAGAAAAAGGAAUAAGAAGAGACAAUAUCUCUAAAAAAUAUCAUAAUUAUAAGAUUAAAACAUGUAGAUUUAAAUAAGGCAAAUGUGUUGAUUAACCAUUACUUAUGGUGUAGGUAUAUUUUGACCAGUCAUUUCGUCCUCUCCGAGUAAAGUUUUUCGGAGUCGUUUAGAAUAAAGAAUCUAUUAUUGAAUGUUUCUUUUGCUCUCGUGACUGUCAGCUGCAAAGCCAAGUGAAAGUAAGCUUUAAUGCAAAAACGCUUAUAAUUAACAAACGACAGCUUUAGAAAGCAAAAGCAAAAGCCGAAUCCCGGACAUUUCAGGAGAUUUAGAAACCCGGCCGGACAAAUUUUUUAAGUGCCAAAAACGCACGUCUCUGUGGGUCUGCAGUGCAGGAGUGCUGACAGUUUAUGUGCGCACAGAAUUAAGGGAUAAACGAGAGAGGAUUUUCCACUACAUAAUCGAUCGCGGCUGAUUGGUUAUAUUAGGCGGAUACAAAAUUGUGUUGAAGGAUGAUAAUAAUAGUAAAAAACGUGUCACUAAAUAUACUUGGGGGGCCGUUAAUAUACCUGGGCGGCCCGCCCAAGUAAAUUGUUGUGUUGGAAGUACUGCUGUCAUCAUGGCUAAGAUAAAAGAAAUCAUUUAUUAGAAAUUGGUUAUUAAAACUAUUAUGUGUGGAAAUGUGUUGAAAAAAAUCUGCUCUCCAUUAAACCGAUAUUGGGGAAAAAAAUAAACAGGGGCGCUAAUAAUUCUGAAUUCAACUGUAUGUACAGCAAGGCUGCUAAUAUUGGUUCAUAAAUAUAGUAAGCAACAAUUUAAAAUAAUCUUAAGAACGAUGAACACAUUUGUGCUGAAGAACAGCCUUUAUGUAAAAUCCUAAUCUUUUGUAAAAUUGAUCAUAUAUUUGUCACUUUUGUUCAAUUUAAUGUGUUUUAGCUAUACAAAUGAAUUCCUCAAUAUAAAACAAACUGACCCCAAACAUUUAAAUAUUACUGCAUGUCCAUUUUUUAUGAGUCUAUUAUUGUUCCAAUGAAUCAAUUAACACCAGUUCUUAAAUUGGAGCGAAUUAUUCAAUAGCAGUCUUUGUGACUCUACAUAUGACAAAAGGAU